GGUAUAUUAUAAUUAACUUUAUUAAAUUUUUAUUUCUAGCUAAUGAGUAAUAUUUGAAUAUUACUCAUUUCUUGAAUAAAAUUAUUGUAAAAUAUAUGUACAAUAGUUCAAGUGCUACUGAUAAAUAUUUGUAGCAAAUUAACUGUAAAUUAUAGUGUUGUUUUUCCCUCUAUUCGGGUUUUAUUCACACUAAUGAGUGGACAGGCCCUUCUCGUACUAUAUUCCAACAUUUGAUCAUAUAUUUUCUUGAAUUAAUUAGGUCUAAAUCACUUUUCCUUUCUCGUCAAAUCAAUGUUAUUUUGAUACAUUGAUACAAGACUGAUGUUGUUAGAUUUAAGGUUCAGAAAACUCUUUACAUUGUACGAUAACCGCUUGGUUCACCAAGAACUGUCCAAACUCAACCUAACCUACGAUGAUAUCACUGAGUUAAACGUUUCAGGAUGCCAUCUGGAUGAUUUAUUUGGAAUAGAAGUCUUCAGGAACCUGGAAAGGCUGGAUGCAUCCAACAAUAAUAUCUCCCUGCUAGACCCACUGGUAUCAUUGAACCUGGUUAGCCUGAGAAUGAACAAUAACAGUGUUGAAUACCUCUACAUAAAGGAACUUAGUAACGGAAUGGUUGUUUUGUCAUCAUUUAGGGAUGCCAAGUACACCGAAUCAUUCGUGAGGUCGGAUUCUGAAAAUAAAAAAUUUGAUAGAUCUCGCAGGCCAUUUAACUGUCUUGAAUUCGUCGAUUUAAGCUCAAACGAGAUCAAAUUGUUCAAGCAUUUGACGCCAGGAGGGAAACUAGGAUUUCAGGUUUUGAACUUAUCAAAUAAUAACAUUUCAAAUUUUAAUGCUCUGGAGUAUGUAAAAUGUUAUCAGACCUUGGACGUUUCAUUCAACCAGCAUUUAGAUUUGAAACACUUGAACAAAUGCACAUUGACGAACGACUGCAAAGUAUACUUGCAAUAUACUCGUUUAAAGAACGAGCAUUUGUUGCCAGGAAUACUUGACAGAUAUGAAAACAUCCUUGUACACCACGAAACAGAAGUGGUUCAACACGAAAGGCUAGUAAGUCCAUACAAGCUACACUUGGACAACGUCAAGACUAAAAAGUUCGUUAGCACAGAUGCGGAAUACGCUGACUUCAUCUAUGAGGGUGAAUCAUCUCCCUCCGAACUUUUAACACCCAGGUACCUAGAUACUGAAGACGUAGUACCUAAUGUUCAUUAUAAGGAGAAGCCUGAAAAUAGGCUUUGCCAGCUGGAAACAGAGUCAACAUAUGAUGACAAUGAGACUAAAUUCAUCUCAAUUGCAUCAAUGGCGAGUGAAAUUCCAGAAGAUUACGAGUUUGACAAAUACGCUAGAAUUUCACACCUGGUACCCACUUCAUCAAAUGUAAGAACAGAAAAGGAAUUUGAAACCGACUUCAAUCAAUUAGACUUCUUAGUUUCUUCCAUGGAAUUAUGUAGAAAAAUUGAUAUGUGGAGUGAUGACAUAAAAAAGACACUAUAUAACGAUAUCAAGGACUAAUAGUUUUUAAUUUUUAAUUUUUAAACGUCG